UCUAUUUCCCCGAGGGCCUGUGAAUGGCCCUCCUGGGCCCUCAAAGGCACACUGGGAAAACUGGAAAGUCCGGCUGCUCACGGGCCCCCUCCGCGUCCCCCCAGACACCUGUGCUGAGGACCCAGUCGGGUGCAGAGUCGCAGGCCCGGCCCGGAGAGGCCACCCAGGACUUUAGUAACUCCUCGCCCUUCCGAGAAGCAAGGUGCCUAACAUGGGGUACGGGCUGCCCCUCUUCCUCCUCCUGACCCUCCUCAGCAGCUCCCACGGAACAGGGCCAGGUGUGACUUUGAGGCUGAAGCUGAAGGAGUCUUUUCUGGCAAAUUCCUCCUAUGAUGCCAACUACCAGGAACUGCUUGAAAAGCUCUGCCUCCUCCUCCACCUCCCACCAGGGACCAACGUCACCCUCCAUCACGCGGGACCCCUGCGCCGCGUCGUCUGCAGAGUCUGAGAGCUCGCGAAGGCCGUGGCCCCAGGGAGCAAGAGGCACGCCUUGACCCCGUCUCUAGCAGGACCUCAGCUGCGGAGUGGCAAUAAAGACGCCAGCUCAACGCCUCGGCUCUGUGGUUCCUGA